AUGGCCGACCAUCCGCGCUCCUAUACCUUCUUCAUCCGUGCUGUCCUCUUCCUCUCGGGGUUAUACUGCCUCUGGGCAGUGCUCGACACCCAACUCCACCGAUUUUACAUCUUCCAGCCCGCGCCCCUCCAGGCCUUGGUGAGGGAAGCACUCGACCUCUACCCAGGGCAGAGCAGCACCAGCCUACAAAACGUGAUCGAUCAUAUCGUUCUCAACCUUACGGAGACACAUGGGACAAAACAUAUCAACACCAACAGCAAAGAAUGGUUUUUUAAUAAUGCGGGUGGGGCGAUGGGCGCGAUGUAUGUCAUCCAUGCGAGCGUGACGGAGUACAUGAUCAUCUUUGGGACGCCCCUGGGCACGGAAGGACAUUCGGGACGCCAUACGGCUGAUGAUUAUUUCCAUAUCUUGCACGGCGAGCAAUGGGCGUUUGAACCCGGGGCGUUGGAAAAGGAGGUCUACACCCCAGGGAUGGUACAUCAUCUCCGGCGUGGGAGCAUCAAGCAAUACAAGAUGCACGAAGGGUGUUUCGCGCUGGAGUACGCUCGUGGGUGGAUCCCGCUCAUGCUCCCCUUCGGUACUGCGGACCUGCUCACGAGCACGCUGGACUUGCCGACGUUGUGGGCUAUGGUGUGGAUUACGGCUCGGGAGAUGGGGAGGAAUUUACUCGCGGGCAAGUUUUGAGUUACAGUGCGUGCUGUGCCGGGCGAGGCCUUGGCGGUAGUGGCCAUGAACGGCCGCAGUGGGUAUAGGGGUGAUUGUGAUAUCCUG